UUUCGUUUACAGGAAGCGGAAGUGCAUCUGCCCCGCAGGAGGUGAUGCCGGGACCCGAGCGGCGGCAGCAAAACGUCCCGAAACGGGGAAGCCUUCCCCAGGUUAUGAAGGAGAAGGCUCUGUCUGCAGCAUCCAUGCCUGUCCAACGGGCACCGAGUGAAGUGUGUGGAGACUCCAACAAUGUCAGUCAUAGAAAUGACGUUGAACUGACCGAACUCCUGGAGGAGAAAUCUGAUUCCCAGGCCGGAGGAGAUUCAGCAGCGGGCAUGGAAUUCCAAACUGACUCAACAACACAGCCUGAGGAAGAAGAGGAAGAGGAGGUGCGAGUGCUGACUCUGCCACUGCAGGCCCAUCAUGCAAUGGAGAAGAUGGAGGAGUUUGUAUACAAGGUUUGGGAGGGUCGUUGGCGGGUAAUCCCUUAUGAUGUACUCCCAGACUGGCUGAAGGACAAUGAUUAUUUGCUGUAUGGGCACAGGCCACCAAUGCCAUCAUUCCGAGCCUGUUUCAAGAGUAUCUUCAGGAUCCACACAGAGACUGGGAACAUCUGGACACAUCUGCUGGGUUUUGUCUUCUUCCUGGGCCUGGGAAUUCUGACCUUGCUGAGGCCAAACAUGUACUUCAUGGCCCCUCUGCAGGAGAAGGUCGUCUUUGGCAUGUUCUUCCUGGGAGCUGUUCUUUGCCUCAGCUUCUCCUGGCUCUUCCACACGGUCUACUGUCACUCUGAGAAAGUUUCCAGAACGUUCUCCAAACUGGACUAUUCUGGAAUCGCCUUGCUUAUCAUGGGGAGCUUUGUGCCCUGGUUAUAUUACUCCUUUUACUGCUCUCCCCAGCCCCGACUCAUCUACCUCGGCAUUGUUUGUGCUCUGGGAAUAUCAGCCAUCAUUGUCGCUCAGUGGGAUCGAUUUGCCACUCCCAAACAUCGGCUGACAAGAGCAGGUGUGUUUCUUGGUCUUGGCCUGAGUGGAAUUGUCCCCACUCUCCAUUUUACGAUCGCUGAGGGGUUUGUCAAAGCCACAACUGUUGGACAGAUGGGCUGGUUCUUCCUGAUGGCUGCAAUGUACAUCACCGGGGCUGGGUUAUAUGCUGCCCGGAUUCCAGAACGAUUCUUCCCCGGCAAAUGUGAUAUAUGGUUCCAGUCACAUCAGCUAUUCCACGUUCUGGUGGUAGUCGCAGCCUUUGUUCACUUCCAUGGCGUUUCCAACCUGCAGGAAUUCCGAUAUGGGCUGGAAGGAGGCUGCACAGAUGACUCCCUCCUCUGAGACCUAGGACUGCUGCACAGAGUUCUCAAACAACACAGCCUGAAGUGCAUUGAAACUUUUCUCUUCAUUUUAUUUCUUUUUUUCUAAGAACAAAUAAAAAACACCAUUCCCUACUUGCCAUCCCUCAUCUCAGAAACAAAAGAAAGCAAAAUGGACAGCUUCUUUUGUCACUGCACACUUGAUUGGGGUGAGGGUUGGAGAGAGGGCAGAGUUGCUGAGAGAGAGAGGCUGGGCAAAUAUUUACUGAGGUUACCUUUGUAUUACAUGCCCCAACCACUGUCACUUUUGUUGAAGGGACCCCCAUUGAGGAGGUUGGGAAUUCCAGCCAGCCAGCUCUUCCACAUGUGGCAUAAGCCCAGCCUCGCAGAACUGUGACCCAUUUAUGCAAGAAACCACUUGCCCAGGCUGAGGUUGGAAUAAUCCCUAGCAAAUAUCCUGGGAAUGGCCCGUGUCCAGUCAACACUGACUGACUGAACGAACACUUCGAGAUCCAAUUAUGUCACUCAUUCUGCUCAGCUCCUUUCUCUCAGCUGCUGAAAUUGUUUAGGAAGGACAGUGUGUGUGGUGGGAAGUGAAACCUAGCAGUAUGGUAGCUGUGAUGUGCGGGCACUUUAUAUUCAGUGAUGUAUGUGGAACACAGUAUUUAUUUUAAGGGGUUUUCUGAUUGCCUUUAUAGACAUGUACAUUUCUUCACGGGCAUUGUAAAUUAAAUCUUAGGGGAGGGGCAGUCCUGUUGUAUAUAGAUGUAGAUGAGUCAAUCUGUAUCCUGCAAUAAAAACUUUGGUUUAGACUGA